AGUGAAAAUACAUUACUCUUUUUUUUUGCUCUUCUGCACGCUAGGCUGCUUGUUUUGAUCGUAUUGAUCCUUUCUAUCUCUCUAGAGGUGCCAUUAAUCCAAGAACCAGAAGAUGUGCACGUGUACUUGAAGGAGAAGACGAAAGGUUACAAAUAUAUAGUUUAUCUGAAAGGAAUCGAAACAAAAAAUAGAUUCUUGGACACGCGUUGAAAUCUUGAAAAAAAAAGGAAUCAGAUCUGUCAAAUCAGAUUGACAGGUCGUCAUUGAGUAUGGCCAUGUUGCGACAAGUCAAACCAGCAUACGGACUCUUCAACGAAAGAGUUAUCUUUCUGCUUCGAGGUAAUGCUAUUCCAUCUUUUAGAACAUUCAACUCUUCGACGGUAUUCGCGAAACAACAACAACAACAAGAAUCAGAGAGCAAUAACGAAGUAAAGGAGAAUAAUAACGACAGGCUUGGCGGUGAUAAGAGACCGUCUAUUGACGAGGCGACGAUCAGGAGGCUCGAAAGGUUGGCGCUAAUCGGCUUUGAAUUCAAGCAGAGCAAGCGAGUGCUGGAGGAAGCGAUAACUUUCACCGAACGGCUACGGACGACUCGUAUUGACGAGACGGUACGUCCGAUGUACAGCAUCCUGGAGAACAAUUGCAUUCAUCUGCGGGACGACGUGGUACAACACAUCGAUCGGCGUGAGAUACUGAGGAACGCUGCGGUGCUAGAAGAGGAAUACUUUGUUGCGCCGUUAACGACGAGCAAAGAGAAAAAAAGUGAAUCUGAACAAUGAGUCUAGAAGCUG